UAUUUUAUUUAAAGAUGUAACUACAAUGUGUCAAGUUUGUUAAACUAUUAAUUUCCUUCUUAAUCACUUCCUUUUCAAAAAUCUUACGUCUCCGCAAUCUUGCACUCUCUCUAGUUAUUUUCUUGUCUGCAUAGACGGAUAGCGUGUACAUACUAUAGCCAAGCUCACGAUUUCUUCGACGUUUCCACAGUGCACUCGGUAAUUCGGGCGCACUAGAAGCCACAGUCAACAUUUACCGGUCACCUAGUGCACAUUGUGAAACAUAGGUACAUACUUGCUUUGUUUUAAAAAUAGUGCAAGAAAGUAAUUUAACCAAAUACGGUGACACAUAGAAUUUUUAUGUUCCGUAUCCUAUAUACUUUUUAUAUAAAACUGUGAUUUUAACAUACCUGCGUUAAAGUUGUGAAGAACUGAAGUGAAUCAAUGACAUACUAAAUAUUGAAUGAUUGGACAUUAUAUUAAACAAAAGAAAUAAUAGAGGUGUAAUGUGUAAACAUUUAAAUUUUAUUAAUUUCCGCAUGUCUUAAUGUCUUAAGACUUUGACCUUUUAUUGCGGAAAUAUUCUACAUAAAAAAAGUUUCUUCAGCACACGAUAAACUUGCAACAAUUAAGAUACAGACAACCUUGGCGCUAUCUAUGAUAAAAUUAAUAUUAAAUCAUAAAAUGAUGAAUCUGAAGGAAAGCAUGCAUAUAAUCUACAAUCUAUUGCUGUUUAUCAGCAUGGCGAUACUUUAUUUCAUCGAGACUAUAGUGCUAACACUAGUUCCUCGCCGAUAUCGAGCAAAAUCAAUCAAGGGUGAAAUUGCUCUUAUUACGGGUGGUGCUAGCGGAAUUGGUAAACUAAUCGCAAUCAAAUUUGCCAAACUCGGUGCACACGUAGUCGUUUGGGACAUCAACAAAAAUGGUCUUGCAGAAGUUGCAGAGGAGAUUAAAAAAAAUAAUGGAAAAUGUUGGACAUAUUAUUGCGAUAUAGCUGAUAAAGAGGCAGUGUAUCAUACAGCAAAAGCAGUACAGAUUGAAGUCGGAAAUGUAAGUCUAUUAGUAAAUAAUGCUGGAUAUGUAUACGGGAAAACUUUUAUGGAAUUACCUGACUGCGAAAUUGAAAAAACUUUUAAAGUAAAUAUUCUCUCACAUUACUGGAUUACAAAGUCAUUCUUGAAGGAUAUGAUGAAAAAUAAUCAUGGUCAUAUUGUGACGAUAACGAGCGUCGCUGGACUUUUAGGAAUCUACAAUUGUACAGAUUAUUCUGCAACAAAAUUUGCUACUAUUGGAUGCCAUGAGAGUCUCUUUACUGAACUCAAAGUGCAUGGGUAUGAAGGAAUUCAUAUGACUUUAGUUUGCCCCUAUCUUAUUAACACGGGAAUGUUCAAUGGAGUGAAACCUAGCAGAUUGAUGCCAAUGCUUGAACCAGAAUAUGUUGCCGAAGAAAUGCUAGCAGGGGUAUUAGCAAACGAAACAUUGAUAGUAUUACCUAAAGUUCUAAGAUAUUUACUGCCGUUUAAGAGCUUAUUACCGAUGAAAAUAAGCUGGGCACUAAUGUAUCACAUUUUGAAAGGACCACAAAUCAUGAUGACAUUCAAAGGUCGUGAAUCUAGUGACACAAGUAAUGAUAAUAGUACAAGGAAUUAUAACGAUAUAUGCAUGCAUUAAAGUUAUACAAGGCACAUAAAAAUAUAUACAUAUAUUUCUUAUUAAUAAUAUACAAACAUUUUAUAUGCUUAUUGAAACAUAUAUUUCGAAAUGUUCUCUUACGUAUACAUGUAUACAUCUUUGUAUACAUAGAUAUCACAAAAUUUUGGUUAUAUAAAAUGGAAAGGUAUACAUACAACAAUUUA